AUGAAGCUUUCAGCCACAAACAUCACUCACGCGGCUUGCAUUUCCCGAUCUUUUCUGUAUCCGGAUCUGUUUGGAUCUAAGACACUUUCUUUGACUGCUGAGGCUGUCACAAACUACUCCCUGUCCAUUGAGCAGGGAGGGUACCCCAGCCACGAUGCACGUAAUGUGACGAAUCUCAGCUUUUGCAACGUCAGCCUCAUAUAUACGCACCCAGGCCAGCAUGAUUCCAUCAAUGUACAAGUGUGGUUGCCCUUGAACGGCUGGAACCAGCGGCUUCAAGGAGCAGGAGGUGGCGGUUUUCUCGCAGGAUUGAAUGUCCCUUCUAUGGCAGGUGCGCUGAGUGAUGGUUUUGCGGUGGUUUCGACCGAUGCGGGCCAUAAGAUCGAGGAUGCAAGCACAUGGGCUCUCCUGAGCCCUGGUAAUGUCGACCUUUAUGCGUUGCAAAACUACGCAUCGGUGUCUCUGAAUGACGCCGCAGUCAUUGGCAAGUCAAUCAUCCAGAACUUUUACGGCCAAGGGCCGAUUCGCUCUUACUGGAACGGUUGCUCAAACGGUGGCAGGCAGGGUCUGGUCAUUGCGCAGCGAUAUCCCGAUGCAUACGAUGGGAUCUUGGCUGCAGCACCGGGUAUCGACUGGAACACGGCACUGCUUGGAGGAAUGUAUUUUCCUCUACAGGUCCUGAAAGGAGGACACGUUCCUGCACCGUGUGAGAUCUACGCAUUAUCACUAGCGGCGGUUGCUGCGUGUGAUGCGGAUGAUGGUGUCGUCGACGACAUUAUUUCAAACCCGGAACAGUGCAGAUUCGAUCCCUUCGCAUUGGUCGGCCAGAAUGUGACAUGUCCUGGGAUGACUGCCACGAUUUCCCAUGCUGCCGCACAGGGAGCGGCCAUGGCUUGGGAUGCUGUACGCACUGCGAAUGGAUCAUUGCUCAUGCCAGGCUUGAAUUAUGGAGCCUUGUUGAAUGUUGCACUGAACAGUACUUGCGACAAUCAGGGCGGGAAGUGCAAGAUGGUACCGUUUCCCUACUCCGAGGAGUUUAUCAGGUAUUGGAUGUUCAAAAGGCCGGAUUUCGACUGGACGACUCUGACAUUGACUGACUUUUAUCGUCUCUGGAACAUUUCUGCGAACACCUAUUCAGAUAUGAUUGCAAGCAAUAACCCUGACCUCAGUGGCUUUCGGGCAGCUGGUGGCAAGAUGAUAACGUGGCAUGGCCUCGCCGACCCUGCUGUCCCAACAAACAUUUCGAGUAUUUAUUACAACAAUGUGGCGCAGCUGGAUCCUGGUAUCAAUGAAUAUUACCGAUUGUUCCAGGCACCAGGUAUUUCUCACUGUGGAGGUGGCAAUGGGUUGUACCCAGGACAUGUGUUCGAAACUCUUAUUGCCUGGGUAGAGGAAGGGAAAGCGCCGGAGAUCCUGCAAGGAGCCAGUCUGCCGACAGAGAAUGGGACCAUCUAUCACAGGCCAAUCUGUGCUUAUCCCCUCAUGGCAAAGUACAAAGGCAAGGGAGAUGUUACUUUGGCUGAUAAUUGGAAAUGUGCCUAG